AUGGCCAAGUCACACCUGCUGUCAUGGCUGCUGCUGCUCACGCUCUGUGGUCCAGGCCUCGCUGUCUGGACCACUUCGCCCCCCGCCUGUGCCCAGGGUCCCAAGUUCUGGUGCCAAAGCCUGGAGCAAGCUAUGCAGUGUAAAGCCCUGGGGCACUGCCUACAGGAAGUGUGGGGGCAUGUGGGCGCUGAUGACCUGUGCCAGGAGUGUGAGGACAUCGUCCGCAUCCUCACAAAGGUGGCGAAGGAGGCCAUUUUCCAGGACACGAUUCGCAAGUUCCUGGAGCAUGAGUGUGACGUCCUCCCCUUGAAGCUGCUUGUGCCCCAGUGCCGCCAUGUGAUUGAAGUCAACUUCCCCCUGGUCAUCGACUACUUCCAGAGCCAGAUUAGCCCAAAGACUGUGUGCCAGCAUGUGGGCCUGUGCCAACCUGGGCAGUCGGAGCCAGCGCAGAAGCCAGGGAUGACAGAGUCUCUGCCUGACCCUCUACCGGACAAGUUGUCCCUGCCUGUGCUGCGAGAAACCAUCUUUAUGCGUUCUGGGCCUCAUACUCAGGACCUCUCUGAGCAGCGGCUCCCCAUCCCCCUGCCCUACUGUUGGCUCUGCAGGACUCUCCUCAAGCGCGUCCAAGUCGUGAUCCCCAAGGGUGUACUGGCUGUGGCUGUGUCCCAGGUGUGCCACGUGGUACCCCUGGUGGUGGGUGGCAUCUGUCAAUGCCUGGCUGAACGCUACACGGUCCUCCUGCUGGAUGUACUGCUGGGCCGCAUGCUGCCCCAAUUGGUCUGCGGCCUCAUCCUGCGAUGCACCACUGAUGGGGUUGUCCCUGCCCUCCCAGCUCUAGGAUCGCUGGCAGAAGACGGGCUGCUGCAAGAAGACUCUGAGUGCCAGCUCUGCAUGUCGGUCACGGCUCAGGCACGGAACAGCAGUGAGCAGACCAUGCCACAGGCAAUGCACCAGGCCUGUCUCAACUACAGUUCAGAUAAGCAGAAGUGCAUUCGGUUUGUGGAGCGGCACACCUGGCAGCUGCUGGCUCUGGUGCCCAAGGGGUCGGAUGCCCACACCAUCUGCCAGGACCUAGGCGUGUGUACAGCCCCCUUCAGCCCCCUCCAGUGUUUCCAAAGCCCCCUUGUCUGAUGGGAACUCAGCCUCCAGGUAAGUCUGUCUUAGCUUGGGGUGGGGUGGGCUUGACUUUCAGGGUGUCUGGCGAGCAGGCAGAAGAUGGUGGUUCCUGCAGCUGUUCCAUUGUACCUUCCCCAGGCGCAUCUCCAGACUCCUGAGGACCUCUCUUGGCACCAUGAGGAAAAGGCCCUUUUGGGACGUUGUCUGUCAUUCCCUCCACUUCGCCUGGUCCCAGAUCUCUUCAGCUGCCACCUGAGGCCUUCCUUCACCUUCCUUGUCCUCUGGACGGGCCGACCUUGGGGAAUUUGACCUUCUGUGCCAAGGCCAAUGUUUCCUGGACCUCAGAAGAAGUCAGACUCCACUGCCCAAAGCUGUCUCCCCCUCAGAUGCCAAAAGCACCUCUGCAGCUCAGCCCACCUUCUAGAGGCCAUUUCUCCCCUUCGGCCCCUCAUUUCCUAAGAGAGAGGCAGCACUUGGGAUGGAGCAGUGAGUUAGAUAUAGACUCUGCAGAUGACCCUGAGAUGACCCAGCUGGCAACCUGAAGCAAACGGA